ACAAUAAAAGUAAAGUAGUAUAGAAAUCUCAACACACAGAAUAUUUAAAGUAUUUUUGAAAAUAAUUAAUUAAUGCCAAAGGGAAAGAACCAAGCCCUGAAAAUAAACCCCACCAUAAAGCCUUGACACCUCGAUUGCAUGCUUUUGUUUUCAUUGUUUUCUGACCCUCAUUAGUUACAUUUUUCUCUCUUCAUAUCUCCCUUCCUCCGUUUCAAAAUCCAUAGACUUCACCACAAAUCAAAGACAUCACAAACACAAGAGAAAAACAGAGCAAAGAAGAAUACAUGGCCGUCGAGGCUCGCCAUCUCAACCUUUUUCCUUCUCAACUCCUACACAAUACCCACAACAGAGACGUGAUCACGAACCCCAAUGUUACCGAUGCAAACUUCAUAAACAUUUAUAACAACUACUCCUCACUACUUCCACUAUCUUGCACAACCACCGUGUCGGAGAAUCUCCUCCCGACGCAACCUCCGCCGUAUAAUCCCUUCAUAACCGACUCCCUCAAAAAAACCUCCGACAUGAAAUCCGACAGCACACUCACUUACAACAACAAUAACAACGUUGCCUCGUACACAAGAAAACGCUCGAGAGAUACAAUUAGUGACUACACUACUUUCCCUUCUUACAAGAAUAGCGGAUUUUUCUCUUUCCUUGGCGAAGAUAUUUCUCAAAAUAUCUACCACCAAAACAUCGACAUCGACCGCCUCGUUUCUCAACACAUGGACAAGGUGAGAGUGGAAUUGGAAGAAAAGAGGAAGAGACAAGCGAGGAUGUUACUGGAAUUAAUAGAGAUUGGAAUGAUAAAGAAACUGAAAGCUAAAGAAGAAGAAAUGGAGACAUUUGAAAGAAUGAACAUGGUGCUUGAAGAGAGAGUAAAAUCACUUUGCAUCGAGAAUCAAAUAUGGCGUGAACUAGCUCAAACCAACGAAGCCACCGCCACCGCUCUCCGGAACAAUCUCGAACAAGUCCUUACGCAGCUGAAAAACAACGGCGGUGGCGUAGAUGCCACCGUCGUGGUGGAGGAAGACGCGGAGUCAUCUUGCGGAAGUAAUAAUUAUAAUAAAGAGGGGUGGUGCACGGUAGCAUUUGGUGCGCAGGAUAAGGAAAAUGGAGAAGGUACUAGUGGUGGUGGUGAUGGUAGCAGAGUAAUGAAUGAGUACGAUAGCGGUUACAAUGAAAAGAAGAGAUUGUGCAGAAAUUGUGGGAAAGGAGAAUCGUGUGUACUAAUCCUGCCUUGCAGACACCUCUGUCUCUGUACUAUGUGUGGGUCUACACUGCAUACUUGUCCUGUCUGUAAAUGCUUCAAAAACGCUAGUCUUCUUGUUAAUUUAAGCUAAUUAUCCACUCUAUACUAUCGUAAUUUUUUGAAACAAUUGUUUUUCUUUUUA